AAUAAAAAAAAUCUAAAAAAGCUGUUUUUAAAGAACGCUUUGCAAAUAAUUGAAAAAAAAAAUACAAACUGUGAAUAUAAACACUAUAACAAACUUUAACAAUUUUAAAGAUACUCUUACAGCAACAACAAAAAGAAUUAUAAAAAAUAAACAUUAAUAAACCAUGAGUCAUUAAAGCCGUUUCGUUCCAUUUGUAUGUAUCCAUAUAUUGAGAACUACUUGUGGAUUUGGAAUACAAACAAACAAAUAAAAAAUUAAAAAACAAUAAAAAUAAAAUGAAACCAAUAAAAAAAGUUACAAAAAAUAAAAGACAUUUUUUAAGAAGUUGUUGUUGAAAAUAAAUUAAAUUGAAAGACAAAACUCUACCAGACAAAAUGUUCUUAAUUCGUUGGCUGUUUGGUUUAUGGUCGUUUUUUCUGAGUGAAAAAAUUUAAAUGAAAAUAAAUAAAAAAAAAAUAUCUUUUAAAAGCACUAUGGGUUGCAGAUAUUUUUAAAUAUGAAAAAUUUUAAGCUUCUAAAGAAUUACUAGGCACAUGAACUAGAAGUAAAAAUGGGUUACUGAAGGGAGAAUUCAAUGAUUCAAAAAUCUGUUUUCUCUUUUAAAUAUCACUUCCAGACUCCUCAGUAUAGUUCAUUUUUAAAGGCUCCAUUACAUCGAUGCUAUACUUUAGUUUGUCAGUAAAUUAGAGGGUUAAGUCCAUUUAAUAUUCUCUACUUAAUUCGUGGAUGCGGUAUUUAUAACAAAUUUGAUUAGAUCACACUCAUUAGGAUUUUGAGAGAGUCCAGAGCAAUAUUUUAACAAGAUAUCUGAUGUACGGUGUUUUAGAGCGACUCAGUCAUGGAUCCGUACUGAAGAUCCAUGAGGGUUGUCUAAGCAUUUCAAUGAUGCAAAUUUUCCCAUGGCUUGGCUAUUGAAAUCAUACAAUCCUAGAAGGCCAAUGUAUAUAAUAAAUCGGAGUGUACUACCUUGGGUGAUUAGUAUAUCAACCAAAACAUAUGUAUUUCAAGUGUAUCUACUCACUUCACAAUAUGAUAAGUAUGAAGUGGUAGUUCUUGCACCUCUUGGUAACACGGAGUCUGAAUGAUAACUUUGAAACAUUAAGUGCGUUCAAACUUAUAGUUACUAUAAGGCUAUUUGUUCAAUGAUCCACGAUUUGAUUCGACUUUUCAAUUUGAAAAAAUAUGAAAACUAAAAUCUUGAUUUCAUCUGAAUUAGAAAAUCUCUGCAUUCAGACGCAGAGAGGUCUUUUGAGAAUCUGAAGGAAUAACAAAAACUCCCAAACUUAUACGCUACUUAAAAAUGCAAGAUCUUAUUGAAUCAGAGAUCGGGGUAGAAAAACUUUUUCGUCUGGUUUUACAUCAAAUCUUUUCAUUCGUUGGUUUUCCUUAAUUUUCACUCUUCUUAAUACCCUGAAAAAAUUGAGAAUAUUCCGCAUACGCGUUUAAAGAGUACUACUCAAAGGACUAGGACUGCUCCAAACGAAUACCCUUAAAAAAUUGAGAAUACUCCGCAAACGCGUUUAAAGAGUACUACUCAAAGGACUAGGACUGCUCCAAACUAAUACAGGCUAUGGACCAUGUUGUUUUAAAAAACAAUAAACAUGAUCAAUAAUAUUUACAGGCGAGUUGUUUUUGGAUUACUUAAAUGGAUUAUGUUCUCCAAUAACUUUUGCAGGGUAAUCAUUUCCUAAGCCGAUAAAUAAAGCUUAAUUUCUUCCCUAAUUAUUGUAAAGAAAUUCUUUUUCCUAAGCUCGAAAGAGUUUCAUUAAUUAAUACAAAUAUAUUCUUUGGAAUUUGUGCUGUUAAAGCGAUUUAUUCGGAUCAAAAUAUAUAAUCCAAAUUUCAUCAAGAUCACCUUUGAUAUUUCCAAGGCGUUUAACACGAUCUUUCCCAGAGAUCGAUCUAUUAUUAGUAGUUUUCGAAGCGACCCCAUUUAAAGAUUUUAUCAAUAACUUAGAGUUAGCGAUGUGAUAGAGAAUGUAAGGCCAGUGACAGAGAAAAUUAGUGAUAUUCUCUUGAUUUCCUUUGCCAUGAUCUGCAGAAAUCGUUCUUUGGAAGAUUCAAUCUUCUGACAAAAGUCCUAAAAGCCGAGAGGCCACUGGCCAGUAACCACUGCAAUUGUGUUUCAUAGGUGUACUCUCGAAAGACUUAACAAAGCUUGUGACUGUAGUUGACCAUAUUGAAAAGCAUUUUGGUAUUCUUUGGAUUAAUAUCCCAGGUUUAUUUUUUUACCCUUUACAUCAGUAUAAGGCCGCAGUCGGAGCUUGGCAGUCUCUUGAUUUUGCGUUCAAGUUCCAUGGUAGCUUUUCCUGGAUAAAUCCCAGAUAUUUUAUACUAUCAUAACUCUCAGAUAUUUUACACUUUCAUUUAAAUCAGAUAGAAUGAGUUCUGGAGUCUUGUAUAUUCUCGUAAAGAGUAUAAAUUUUAUUUUCGAUGGGUUUAUCAAAUGCUCCAGCUACUGAGUGAUUCAAGAAACAUCAUAAUAAUCCUAAAGAAGCGUCUUUAAUGCCAAAUUCCGAGUAUAGCAUCUUUGUGGUCGCAUUUCUGAGAUUAUAAUCCUUUGGCUUAGAAUUCUCUUCACGAAAGAUAUAAUUGGGCUGGUUAAUACCAAGUUAAUUUAGCGCGAAUGGGAUCUACGAGGGUUGUAUGUAACACAUGAGACAGACUUGUCUUAAAUGAAGUUGUGUUGUGACGCAGAUUUGACAUACAUAUAUAAGUCUGAUCCAGAAAAAUAGUCAGUUUCUGAACCUAUAUUAACUUAAGGUUGGACUUUACAGAGACAUAACCCAAUAGAAGCUAAUAACUUAAAAUAAAAUACUAUAGCUGAAUAUUAGUAACAUUAUUUUUUACACAAAUUUAACAUUCAACAACCCAUAGUGCUUAAAAGCACUAAACAAACACCCAACGAACGGUAUUGAAGUAAUGUAAUAUUUCAUUGAGCUCAGAACUGAAAAAUGUUGAAAAUAAAAACUAAAACACAAAACGAUCAAUUAAAAGCCUAUAACCCCCGAGAUAAAGUUACAGCAGAACACAAUCCAACCAACCACUACUACUACAUGUAAACCAAAUUACGAAAAAAUAAAAAAUUAAAGAGAGAAGUUCAAAAGUUUCAAAUAAAUCAUAAUAAACAAUAAAAAAUUUAUUAAAAAAAAUACAAAUAGAAAAAAACACACACAACUCGAGAUAACACAAUAUGACAGAUAGGGAGAGUUAAUUAAAAGAGUAAUACAGUGAGUAGAAGAUACCACUGAAAGAGAGAAAAAUAAAUAAAUUUGAAAACAAAUACGAAUACGAAUACAAAUGCUUCUUUACAGAUAAAAUUUAAAAGAAAAUAAACAAAGAAUAGAAAAACAAAAAUAUCAUAAAGAAAACAUGAGUCAAGACGACGAAGAGACAACCAAAUAUAAACUAAACAAUAACCACAAAAACAACAACAACAACAGCAGCAACUACAACCACCAUGGCCCGACGAAAAAGACACAAAAUAAUCAACAAGUUGUGCCGCUCUACGAGAAUUAUACGAUCAAUAACAACAAUAACAAUGGCCGGAGUACGAAACCAGAUCAUUCACUGGCUGAACAAGCAACAACCAAGAGCGAAACAUUCAAUAACGAUUACCGCUUCGUUAGAAACACAACAAAUGCCGCGGAUAUAAACGAACAGGAAACGCGUGACACCAACUCCGUUAGCCCAACCGAAUACGAAUACGAGAAUAUUAGUUUUAGUUCUAAAGAUACAAAUUUUGAUAAAAAGAUAUUAUUGCAAAAAUAUUUUCGCAGUGCAUUGGUGGGACCACGUGCCAAUAUCUAUGAAAAUUUAUGUCGUGGUUGCAAUUAUGGUGUUUUCAAUGCACGCGGUCCAUUGUGCACCUUUUGCGAGUGUAUAGUUAAUGGUGUGGGAGCCUUAAGAAGUGAUACGCCCGAGGGCAGUUUAAGUAAUAAUAUUUAUGAAAAUAUUUGUGAAUUUUGUGGAGUUAUAUACAGUGGAAGUAAUAGUUCAGAGUGUAAAUGUCGGGAAUCGGUAGAAGUGAAAAGAGAAGAAGAAGAAUUCAUAAAAGUAGGCAGUGAAGAACUGUUAAUAGAGAAAAGUGUUAAGGAAAAGAAAAAAGUUAAAUUAAAUAAAUCGAAAUCGUUUAAUAAAUCUAAUAAACCAAAAAUAUUUACCAAUUUGUGGGAUACUUUAAGAAAACCAAAGAAUACUUUAAGUUCUACAAGUGCUGUAAGGAAACCUUUGGAAAUUAUACAUCACGUAGAGGGUUACGAGCAGGUUUUUCAUACCAAAGAAACCUUUGAUUUGCAAAAAAUUUGCGAACUAAAACGCAGUGGCACCAGUUGCAGUGAUCAGCAUAUUUAUGGUAGAUUAAAACAAAGUGAUUUGUCCGUUAGUCAGGAGGAGUUCAACUCCACACAAUCGCUAACACAAUCCAGUAAUAGUUGCAAUAAAAAACCAAGAAUUUCCAAAGCUAAAUUUCUAAGAACCCAACCUUCAGUUAGUUCUAUAGAUACUGUCUCAUCAGAGUUUAAAACAGAACUUACGGCUGCUGCCGCUACUAUAUAUUUGAACAACAGUGUUUGUCAGUGGAUGACAUCAUUGCGUCGUGAAAUUCACGCUUACAAUACUUUCAUGAACGGCGGCAACGAAGUCGAUCAAGAUACGUUGUGUUAUCCAAAGUCUAUACCCUCGAAAAAUGUGUUAAUUUCUUGUAAGGCGCCAGCAGUGACUAAUCGCACCAAAAAUUUACAAAAUUUUAAAAAUUUACUACAACAACAACUGCAACACGUUAGUCGUGAUUGUGGUGAUUUAACGGAAAUACAAACGUUAAUAUCUCAUAACUCUAUGACAUCUAUAGAUUCUUGGGAAUUGCAGGAAAGAGAGGAGGAAGAGGAUCUACAACAACAGCCAGAUUGUUAUCAGUUAAUGGUUGAGGAAUUCAUGGCGAAUAUUAUAAAUAAACAAAUGCUGAAAACGAAAGACAGUAAGCAGACGAAGCAACAGCAGCAACAGCAAAUUGACAAUGUUAAGGCUAUGGCAGGUGUCAAUAAUAAUGACAGUUAUACUAAUAACAAAAACAACAACAGCAUUAGCACUGACAUACCUUUACGUCAAGCAAAUUUGACAAGUACAACAACAACAAUGACAGCACAUAAUCAUAAUAGUAAUAACAGACAUAAACGUCAAGGUAUGUACCUGCGUUUAGAAGAUCAUCAACAACUACAUCAGCAACAACAACAACAAUAUACCGGGGAAGAACUAUUCAAUUUGCACAACAAUAACAAAGUAAACAACUACGAUCACAAUGUCUACCAACAACAGAGUGUAAUACCGGGAGAAAGAGUAAAAAUAGCUCUCGAGAAUAAUAAUGAAAAUGAGAAUCCCAAUUCUCUACAUAAAACAAAAACUGAGCAUAAUACCGUUACCACUACACCUGAUACUAGUAUGACAGCUCUUAAUGAGGAAUUGCAUUUAGGUAGUCGUGCAGCAAAAUCUCCCGUUAAUGGUUGGGAUUUAAUAAUAACGGAUAAACGACGUGGUAUACAUGAACGUAAUGUUUUAGAGGCAUUUGAGGCCCUUUUGGAACAGGAAAGAACAAAUCAAUUAACUCUGGCCAAUGAAGAGCAAUCAGAGUUAGACUCAAAACCCAUAAACUUAACAACAAUACAAGAAUCUCAAAAGUGUGAAAAAGUUGAAAACGAAGAAGAAAUCACUACUGAACCAUCUUCACCUCUACCCUCGUUACAACUGCAAACAUUUGGUGAUAAUCCCCAGUCCAUAUCACAACACUUUCCUACACAAAUACUAGAUGUAAUACAAUUGAUAAAUCAACAGCAACUAUCCAGUGGUUUAAAUACGUCCAUCAUAUGUUACGAUAAAUAUCUAAAAGUAUUUUUACAAUUUAUUUAUCAAACAAAUAACAAGACUCGCACGAUCGCCUAUAAAAUCCCAAAUAAACAAUUGGUGAGAAAAUUUAAACAAUUUUACAAUUACUGUGAGAAAACAGCAACAAGUACGGCGAUCACCACGACUACGACCACGACGACUAAGAAGCCUGAAACAACAAUGAGAGAGUUAACAUGCGUUAGUAGCAAUUUGAAGCUUGACUUGAACAUAACAAAUAGUUAUAACUGCGCGCAAAAUUCGUCUGAAAACGACCAUGAGUCAUUAUUAAUGCAAAAAUCAGUUACGGCAAAUGUUUUAAAACCAGAUAAGUGUACUACAAGUGUUUUAAAUAAAUCUCUAGAUAAAGAAAAACAAAAAGUGAAAACUCCACCCCAAGUACCAAAACGAGAUCCUAAAACUAAACUCUCACCUACGGCGGAAAUAAAAAGAUUUGCUCACAACAUGACAGUGCCUGCCAAUAAUCUUAAAACGGAAACUGAUAGUGCAGCUCCCAAAGAGGAAGAGUCCAUUUAUCAGCCCAUAUGGAAGUUUGAAACUAAGGGUAAAGUUGCGGAACGCUAUCAAACCGAUGAUGAUUAUUAUGAUUUGAAAGCCUUAAAAGAGAAAAUCAAACAAGAAUCUCCCAAUUCGGAAAUACCCAAAAUAUUAAUAUCCGAUGAUAUUUUAAUAGAGGAAGAAGAGGAUCACAAUAAUUGGGAACCCGAUGAGGAAUUUGUGUUUGCCAAACAAAAGAGAUCUUUAUCUUUAACCUCCGAUCGUAAUUCUACCAUACGUUCUAAUCUCAGUUUAAAUAGUUCUAUUGGUACCUCCUCUUCCUUAAGUGGCAGUACUAUAACCGAAUUUGCCAGCAGUACUGCCACCUUGGCCUCCACCAUAAGCUGCAGUUUAAGACAUCAUUGGUAUCGUAAUAUAGGCAUAUUUUAUAGUUUAACAGAACCCAAAUUAAGAGCCAUUAUCUAUGAUUAUGAUCGCAUACAUUCCUCGAGAUAUUUUGCCAAACCCAAGGAGCAGGUAAACAAUGAUAGUGGUUUGGGAAAAUCAUUAAGUCCUAUACCGCCCUCAAAACUAAGAUAUGUUAAAAAUUGCUCUUCCAACUGCUCCUCACCCUCAACAUCGGCCUCCUCUUCACCUGUUUCGCCCACAAAAAGGGAAAUUUUGGAUAAAUCUUUAUGCAGUGCAAGUGAAAGUGUUAAAUAUGCUGGUGCCAGGGCGAAAGUCGUGCCACCUCCUUCCUCAACUUCAUCUAUAUUUGAACAAAAUAUAGCCAGCUCCGUACUAGCAUGGAAACGUCAAUUGUUGGAUGUUAAUUGUAUGGAGGAUGAAGAAGAUAUGAUCGUUUCCGAGUGUGAAAUAAGACGUGCCCAACAGAUAAAAGAAGACAUCGAUCAGUCGCCCGAUACACAACCUCAACAGUUUAUUCAACGUUUCAAAAGUCGAUCAACAGAUAAUCUAGAUCUGCCCAACGAAGAUGACAAAAAAACAAUUGGUGAACGUUUGGCUAAUAUGUAUACGCGAUUUUCGCCAAUCCAACGAGGAAUUCUCAAUAUCAGAAGUUCACCCAAAGGCGACAAAAAAGUCUACAAAAGAAAUCGUGCCAGUCAAUCGACUAGUCUCUAUCUGGAGGAUGGUCUUAAACCGAAACCACCCAUAUUUGGUGCACCACUACAUCAACUUGAAUUGCAACAAAAUGUGCCACGUUUCGUAGUUGACACAGUUGAUUAUAUCGAACGUAAAGAUCGUAUUAUACAAGAUGGUCUAUAUCGUGCCUGCGGCAAUAAAUUCUCCAUAGACGAGUUGAAAUUAAAACUAACAAAAAGUUAUAUAUAUGAUUCAAAACUUAUAGUAGCCGAUGAUAUACAUACGGUAACAAGUUUAUUGAAACAAUUUUUCCGAGAUUUACCGGAACCGUUAAUACCACAAGAUAUCUAUAAUCGUAUAACGGUAAAUUUGGCAGAUAAAGAAAGCCUGGAUACGAUACGAAUAGCCAUCGAAGAGAUGAAGGAGCCCAACAAGUCAACACUGAGAUUUUUGAUAAAACAUUUAACAAAUGUCGCUGCCUGCAGUUCUUCAAAUCGCAUGAAUGCUUCCAAUAUGGCCAUUGUCUGGGGACCCUCGUUAUUUGCCCUUAAUGAUACAUACGAUAUGAUUGGGCGCAUGAACACUUUAACCAAAGUUUUAAUAGAAAAUUAUGAUCGAAUUUUUGAUACAAAUGAACGUUUACUUUAAUAUUUAAGUUUAUUCAUUUAUAAUUUAUACUACUUCAUUUACAUAUACAUAUAUAAUAUUUAUUAUAAUUAAGUGUUCUAAUCCUAAAAUCCUUUAAGUUAAAUGAAAAAGCUUUACUCAUUAGUUUCCCGUUUUAGUCAUCAAGUAUAAAUCAAAUUUAAAUUUUUCUUAAACAUCACACAACAUACCAAAAAGUUAUAAAAAAAACAUAAUAAUUUUCAUAAAAGACAAUUAAUUUUAAUUAUUUUUUUUUUAAAUCAUAUUUUUAGUUAAAUAAUUAAAUAAUAAUAAUUAUGUUGAAGUCGUUUAUUAAAUGUCAAUUUUAAUUGUAAUUAAAUUAAGUCAUUUUUUGUUUUGGAAAGAAUUACUCAUUUUGUCAAUUAAUAUUAUUAUUAUUUAAAUAAUUAUAUAAAAGUAUGAAUGUUUAUGUGUGUAUUAAAAUAUAUCUAUCUCUCUUUAUAGUUUUAGCUGCUGUCGCUUUUUUUACUUAAUUGUUUUUAAUUUUUUUAUAAUUAUUAUUAUUAUUUUUGCUUUUAAAUUGUAUGUUUUUUCCUUCAAAAUUCCCUUUCUUAAGAAAUUUGUUCUAAAUUUGUUAUUCAUUGUUUUAAGAUAUAUUUAAAUUAUAAUCAAUUUAGUCGUAAUGAAAAGAACAUAUAAAUUAAUUAAUGUGAUAACUUAGUUGUUUAAGACUGUGUAUGAGUGCUUUUUUUGUAUAUAAUAAAAAAAAAUAAAUAAACAAAAAAUAAUAAAAUAUUAAUACGAAAA